AUGAGUGCUAUCCCUUACGUUUGGAGGGUAGAUAUUACGGACCCGGCAUCCCCCAACACAACCAAGGUGUAUCCGAACCCCCCAUUGACAAUUGCGAAUGGAGCAUAUCUGUUCAAUGGAUCGGUGUAUUGGGCACAGGAGGGGAAUUUUACGACUCCUAGCUCCAUCGUGCGCAUGGAUCCUAAGACGCUGAAGACUGAGGUGGUAAAGAAUAAUUUUUACGGCCAUCGAUUCAACUCAUUGAAUGACCUUGUCAUCUCCGAUGAGGGAGUGGCAUUUUUUACGGAUGGAUACUAUGGUUGGGACAACUUCAACGACACCCUCUUUCCCGAGUUAGCCAAUGGUAUCUACCGCUGGGAUAUGCGCACAGGAAACAUCAAGAUGGUUGCUGGCGCAGCCGAGGGUGCAUUCUUCAACCCCAAUGGCCUCGCAUUCAGUCAGGACCAGACCAAACUAUUUAUCACCAACCGGGGGAAUUCUAGCUCGGAUCCCCAUGGUGGCCGCACUAUAUAUGUCCAUGAUGUCACCUCCUCCGGGUUAUCAAACCGAAAUGUGUUCUCAUACUCUGAUGCCGGAUUUCCCGAUGGCAUUAAGACUGACAAGGACAACCGAGUCUAUGGAGCGGUGACUGGAUCGGUCGACGUAUAUGAUUCUCGUGGCACACUCCUUGGGCGGAUUAAAAUAGCGGACGGUGAUGUGGCAGUGAACAUGGCAUGGGUGGAAAAUUGGCUCUAUAUUUUUAGCCGCAACAAGAUUUAUCGCGUUGAACUGAUGACUUCUGGCCGCUAA